AAGAUGCAGUCAUUUGAAAAAGAAGAAAAGAGCAACGGGAAUGUACAGUUUGUGCUGAAAGAGUCUACAAGAUAUGUCAGAGGACAGUAUGCCAUCCAACUGUCCUACUACAAAGGGAAGGUGUAUUUACAUUUGCAGGACAACAACAACGGUAAACAGGUGUCACUUCCAGACGACGUUUUUGAAAGUAUGAACAAUCAAUACUUCACAAUAAAUAAAGCGGUGGAUGAAAUCAAGAAGUCCAAUCAAGGACCACCUAGCCCGGAACUGCUUGUGAUGACACCACGCAAAAAGAAGCGAGUGCUGGAUCUAGAUAGGGAUGACGAGUUCUAGAGAGAUAAAGAAUAAAAACGGGGACACUUAUUGUUAUUCUUAUAGUUAAUAUAUAUUAUUCAUAAGUAAUCUGUAAAAUGAAACUUUUCUAUCAGAAUUAUUGCACGCGUUAAUAAUUUGUUACUGGUAUGAAUAACACAGGGAACCUUUCAAACAGUCUUUCUCUACAUAGAAAAGUUUCAUUAAUUGUGGAAACUUAUCAUUGAUAUCUAGACCAAUUUACUUUAGAUAAAUAAUGAACUAUGUAUAUUCAUAAUAAUUUUCAAUCUUUAAGCAAUGUAUUAUAAUUCAAAAUUAUCUGGUAGCUUAAAAUCAUCCCAAGAAAGAGAAGAGUUGAUUUUUAAAGCGAAUACUCAAUAGAAGAGGGACACUUUUAUAAAUAUAUUACGCAGAGUAUAGCAAUUAUAUGAUUGUUCUGGUAGCUUAAGCCAAAACUUUAAGCAAUGUAUUAUAAUUCAAAAUUAUCUGGAAAAGUGUUAAGUCGAUUACAUCGUUGUCAAUUUUGUUAAUUUGUAGAACAGUAACAGUUGUGAGAAAGAAAAGAUGUCAUUGACUGAAUUACAAGACUUUGAACAGGUUCUUUUUGACACCUACGACCUUUUUAACAAAGCAGACUAUCAUCAUAAUGAGUUUAUGAAAUUGACAGAGAAAUGUAAAAGCAUGCGAAACUAUAUAAUAAGUGUACAGAAAUCACAUUGUUUCCAUGAAUAAGCAUAAUUUAUGUAUACUUCUAAAGUUUUUUUUGGUCAAAUCUGUUAAAUUACUUAAUAUUUUGAAAUGAUAAAUAAAACCAUCAGCGUUAACUACAUUUGUAAAAAUCAACAAGAUUGGCAUUCAAUAU